GAGGGUCCGCCCUCUUCUCGCAGCAGCCGGUAGAAGGUUGUUUCUGAGGCCUGGGAGACUGGAGUUGGGAGCGGUGCAAGUGUCUUAUUAGCGGUCCGUGCUUCUAGAGGUCAGAUAUGUCUAAGGCAUCUCGUGCAGUGAAAGCUGUGAAGAAAGCUGAUGUCGCUGGUGUGAUUCGAGCCAUGGUGGGAGCUGGACAGGCAGCACCAGGACCUCCUUUGGGACCCACCUUGGGACAGAGGGGCAUCCCAAUUGGUCAGUUUUGUAAGGAGUUCAAUGAGAGGACCAAAGACAUCAUUGAAGGAGUGCCAAUGCGAGUGAAAAUCUUUGUUAAUCCUGACAGAACUUAUGAAAUGAAGAUUGGGCAGCCACCUGUGUCCUACUUCUUGAAAGCUGCAGCAGGGAUAGAAAAAGGAGCUUCAAAUUCAGGUUCGGAGGUGGCAGGAAUGGUGACAUUGAAGCAAGUAUAUGAAAUAGCUGUUGUGAAGUCUCAAGAUGAAGCGUUUGUUGUCCGGGAUAUGCCACUGAUUGAAGUGGUGAAAUCUAUUAUUGCCAGCGCUCGGUCACUGGGGAUCAAAGUUGUAAGAGAUCUGUCAGCGGACGACUAUGGAAAAUUUCUAGAAGAGCGACGAUCUAUCCUUCAAGCAGCUGCUGAAGUUCGGUUAGCAGAAAUUGCAACAGUCAAGAAGAAAUGAUGUGACAAGAAAAAGGAUAUUUUGAACUUUUGAGGAACUUUACAUUGCCACCUCUUUUUUUCAGUCUGGGCUACUCUGCCACUUUUUUGUAGUGCUACUUAUUGCACACUGUAGCUAUAGGCAAGACAUACAAGAGCGAGUUUAGUGCGAGAAACUCUGUGUUUGGCAGUGCCAGUUCCCGCUCCUCUGACAUGAUUGCAUAGCUUUAUAAUGCGGUGUGACCCUGAGUGACCUGAAAUCUUUUUAAUUACACUGACAUAAUGCUGUCAGUGUAAUACAAAAUAUUUCACGUCGCAAAGGGGCAACCGCAUUAUAAAACAUAUUAAGGCGGUGCAAUCCUGUCAGAGGAGCAGAGCUCAGAACGGGAACUCACACUGCCACUCAAAGCAAGUUUCUCACACUCAGCUCGCUCGCUCGCUCAUGUGGGACUGACCAUAGCCUUACAGAUCUGAAGCAUUUAACUUUAUGUGCAUUAAUGAACAUUUUUACGACUGGUGUUCAAGAAAAAGAUGUUUUGUAAUUCAAAGCUAUCCCUGCUAGUUGUAGCCCUUAUGUGGAAAAGGUGACUGAGUGAUCUCUAGGUGGCACAGGUGUCUCAUGUAGGGUGACAUCCUUCUUAGUUUACCCCUGAGUAUAGUUACACAAAUCAGUGUAUCAGGGUAUGU